CAAUAUUCAUAUUUCUUUCAUUAUAUUAUAUGAUGUAUAGAAAACAAGUCUCAUCAAAUUCAAAUGUGGUUUUAAAUAUAAUUUUGCUGAAUCUCAUCAAAAUAUAUUAAGUCUUAAGAAAAUAUAAGGAUAAUUUCAUUAUGAAUAAAAAACAAACAAUAAAAUAGUUUGUUUAUACUUAUAUAAAAUAUAUGUACAUAUAAAUUAUUAAUUUAUAAUUUUAGUAGGACCAUAUAUUUUAUAGGAUCUAAAAAAGUUAUUAUUUUAUUAUCUUAUUGACUUGAGUUAUAUUUUGAACCGGCUCAACUUGAAACCAGAUAAAUUUAUUAAUUUAUAGUGUAUUAAUUUACCCAGUAUUAAUUUAUAGAAUUUAUAUAUGAAUACAAAUUUGUAGAAAAAUGAAAACUGUUAAACUAAUAUAAAAAGAAAAACUUAAAAACCGAUUAUUAAAAUAGAAAAUUACCAAAAGAAAGUAUCCCAAUCUAUCUAUCCAAUUAUCCAUAUUCACAUAUCACUUACGUGUUUAUCACGGUUAGUUAGCUAUAUAAAUAAAUCAAACUGAAAAAAAAAAAAUAACGCAAAACCCUAAGCUUCUUCUCUCAUACAUUGAACUUGAGCAUGAUUAGUCUUCAGCAACAGGCAAGGCGUUUUCUUGCUCACAGCAGCAACGCUCGUCUCUUCUGCUCCAACACAAACCGAACCAUAUGGGCGUCGAAUCAAACCUUGCAGAGCCGAAUAGAGUCGGCUUUAAAUCAGAAGGCAAAGAUCAGUACGGUGCUUGAGCAAUGGAGACAACAAGGGAACAAGUUGAAUCCUUCUCUGGUGAGAGGAAUCUUCGAGAAGCUCCGCGACUCCAAGCGGUAUCCACAAGCCCUAGAGGUAUCACAGUGGAUGGCUGAACGUAAGAUAUGCAGUCUCGUACCUGAAGAUUACGCAGCACGUUUUGAUCUGGUCGAGAGUGUAUUAGGUUUAGAAGAAGCAGAGAAGUUCCUGGAGAAGGUCCCCGAGAAUCUGAAAGGUGAGUCUAUGUACACAUCUCUACUAAAGAGCUACGCAAAGUCUGGUAAGAGAAGUCUUGGGAGAGCAGAAGCUGCUUUCAAGAAGAUGAGAGAGCUAGGUUUGCUCUUGAAACCUUCACCGUACAGCUCCAUGACCUCUCUCUACAGCUCUAUUGGAAACCGAGGUAAGGUCGAUGAGAUUCUGCGAGAGAUGAAGGAUAACAACGUCAAGCUUGAUAGUCUCACCUUGAACAACGUUUUGCGAGUGUACGCUGCUGAAUCUGACGUGGCGUCGAUGGAAAAGCUUCUGGAGGGUUCGGAAGAGGCCGCAAGUACGCUUCAGUUGCGCACAGUUCUUGACAUGGCAAAGGCUUAUCUGAGAGUUGGUUCUAAGAGAGAAGCGAGAGGUAUGCUUCUUAGAGCAGAGGUGCUAAACGAACCCGCCUCCUAUGUGGAGCUCAUGAGGCUAUACGGUGAAGCAGGAAAGUGUAGUGAAGAUAUUUACCGUAUAUGGAACCUAUACAAGAAGACAGGAAAGCAGAACAGCGAAGGUUUCCUAGCUUUGCUUGGAUCUCUCUUGAAUCUUGAUGAUACCAAAGGAGCAGCAGAGAUGUACUACAAAGAGUACGAGUGUUCUGGUCUUGAGUUUGAUGUCCGAAUCCCAAAUACGUUGGUGUCUGGUUUUCGCAAAAAGGGAAUGGUGAGAAAAGCAGAUAACUUGAUGAACAAGACUUUAAGGAACAAAAUGCUUGCUGAUAAAGAAAUCGCUCCGUUGCUGGAAGAGUGGGGGAAGCCUUCAGAGCUGAGAGACCUCAUCAAGAAUCUUAAAGAUUCAAAUCAGUUCUCUAAAGCACUUGAGGCAUCUUCAUGGCUUUGUGGUCAAAAGGCGAUUAAUCUUUUUCCAGAAGAUUAUGCAGAUAGGCUUGACCUAACUGAGAAAGUGUUGGGUUUGAAAGAAGCUGAUAAUUUUUUCAACACAAGCAUCCCUGAAAAUAUGAAGAGCUUCUCUGUCUACUCCACACUCUUGAACUCAUACACGAGAUCUCACCAAAACAUUGAUAAAGCUGAGGCUAUCUUUGAGAAGAUGGGAGAGCUAGGUUUCCUCACCAAACUCUCACCGUUUAAGUCGAUGAUAUCUCUCUACAGCGUGCUAGGGAAACCAGCUGAGAUAGAAAAUCUUCUAAGGAAGAUGAAGGAGAAGAACAUAGAGCCGGAUAGUGUCACAAUGAACAACGUUUUGAGAGUAAACGCUUAUGUAUCAGCCGUUGACUUGAUGGACGAGCAUAAGAGCCAAUGGGUUGAUGAUGGAGAGCUCAAGCUUGAAGUGGAAACGAUGGAAGCAAUGGCAGCGGCUUACGAGAAAGCAGGAUCAAUACUUAAGGCGGUAGAGAUAACAACGAGUAAACAAGAAGUGUACCGUCUAAGGGACAUGAUAGGAGAGAUGGGUAAUGAAGAGUAUCUAAGUGUGAUUAGGUCUUUGUCGAAGCUUGGUGAUGUACAAGGAGCACAAGAGAUGUAUGGAGAGUGGGAACAAGUUAAAGGAGUAGAGUUCGAUGCUAGGAUACCUGGUUUGCUAAUCUCACGUUAUUGCCAGGUCGAAGGUGAUGAAAUGAAGGCGAGGCAAAUGUUGAAUUCGAGUAGACAGAAGGUGAAUGAGACGGAGUUUAAGCUGUUCAUGAAAGAUAUGGGGUUGACUCUUCUCUUUAUACCGGUGGUUAUGUCCGUGAUAUGGUUGUGUACAACCUUCCCCCCUAUCAUUUUUAUGUUAAUGCUAGGUUAUUUUUUGCCCUAGCCAAUUUAUUUUAGUUCUCUAGGAGGUUCUUAUCAGUUUUUAUUUAAGAAUUAUUAUUGCUAAGUAUGUUAGACAUUUGGAGAUGAUGUAUGUGUUCCAGACAUCGAGAACGAUUAAUAUUCAACGUAACAUAAAACAAAUUCAUCCAAAUGUAUGAUUUUAUGCCUAUGCUAUGCAGACAUUUUGGUGGUUGAUUUUGGUUGAAGUGAUUAGUUGCAGUUUGAUGUAGAACUCCAUAAUUUGUAUUAAAAAUGUGUUUAGAAAAAGUUAUAGCAUACGGUUUCUCCAAAAAAAACAUAAAAUGGUUUAAUAUUAAUAUCGUGUAAUAAUUUAAUUAGCACAUUAGUCAAAAACUCCACAACUUUAUUUGUUAAUAUAUGUUAAAUAUGUUAUAAAAGCGCCGUGUUGAAAAUGGAGGAGCCGCAUAAGUUUUUGACUUUAUAAUCAAUAUGGGUUCUGCUGUCACUAUGCACGCAUAGUAACUUCAACUUUUUCACUUCUAUAUAAAUCGAUCAUUUCGAUCGAUUGUAAUACACAAUUCCUUCUCCUUCUAAUAACAAAUUUUCUCUUGUUAUCAGUGUUAUCUUCUCCUACGGGUAUAAAUAUUUACUCUUAUUUAAAUUUCUCAAUACUAUAAAAUCAUAAGUUAUUUUAUAACACGUUAUCAGCACGAUCACUCUGCGAUUUGGUAAAAUUUAUUUGUAUCAUUUAUACCCU